AUGGAAUUUAAAUCCAAAUUAAAUGGAAAAGUUUUGUCCGGUCAAAGCCGAGAAAUUAUAGCAAAUGUUAUGCAUUUUAUGCAACAAGAAGCAAGGGACAACGUACCUCUAAUAGAUUUAAAACAAGUGCAAAAACGUGUUGUAAGAGCAACAGGUGUAAGUUUAAGCGCCAUACAAGCGAUUUCGAACGAAAUGAAGUGCAUCCAAGACGGUACAGCAUCAACAUUUAGUACUCCAAAUAAAAAAAGAAAUAAGUCUGCUUUAAAAUCGAACUUGGAUGAGUGCGACAAAGGGGUGCUUCGUCGAUUUAUUAUUAAUUUUUGUACUACCGAAAAACAAGUUCCAACUUUACGACGAAUACAUAGAAAAUUUUCCACUGAGUACAACUACAAUGGUUCGCAUGAAUCAUUGAGAAAAGCCAUGAAGGAUAUAGGGUUUCGUUGGAGAAAAACAAAAACUAAUAAAAAACUUUUAAUGGAAAAACCGCAAAUCCAACAAUUGAGGCGUAACUUUCUUCGAGAUAUUAAAAAAUACCGAGAAGAUAAGCGCCCUAUCAUUUACAUGGACGAAACCUACAUUCAUUCUUCCCAUACUCAUUCGAAAAGUUGGAGCGACCAUUCCAAUGAGGGAUUACGUGCUCCGAUUUCAAAAGGUCAGAGACUGAUUAUAGUGCAUGCAGGUGGAGAAAACGGUUUUGUAAAAAAUGCUUAUUUGAAAUUUAAAUCCAACACAAAAACAGGUGACUACCACAGUGAAAUGAAUUAUGAAAAUUAUAAAAAAUGGCUUCAGGAAAUGCUUAUUCCCAAUCUUCCUCCACGUAGUGUACUGGUUGUUGACAACGCUCCUUAUCACAACGUGCAAGCUGAAAAGUGUCCUACUAUGAGUUCAACGAAAAGUGUAAUGAAAGACUGGCUAAUAAAACGCAACCCGCCUUUUUCAGAAGAUAUGUUAAAAGUAGAUCUUUAUAGCAUUGUACAAAGCCAUAAACCCAGAUUUAAGGUGCAUGAAAUUGACAGAAUACUGGGUAAUAGUGGUCAUUCGGUAUUACGGCUACCUCCGUAUCAUCCAGAUCUGAAUCCCAUAGAAUUAGUGUGGGCAGCUCUUAAGAAAUACGUGGCUGAUAAAAACGUUGACUUUAAGUUUAGUGAUGUGGAUCGUUUUUGCGAUGAAUUUUUUGAAACAUUUUCAAAUGAAGAGUGGAAAAAACGAUGUGAACACGCUAAAAGUUUCGAAAAAUUUUUUAGGGAAAAGGAACCUGUUCUAGAUGUAGUUUUUGAUAAAAUAAUAAUUAAUCUUGAUGAAGACAGUAGUAGUGAUUUCAGUGAUGAUAAUUCUGAGUCUGAUAGUGAUUUUUUAGGAGUUGAGCCUCUGUAA